ACAAAUCCACACUGACGUGGCUGUAACAUUGGCAACAGUACAAGUUUAUUUUAUCGUCUUUUUAAAUAGAUAAUAUAUGUGAUAAAAAGGACCUCCGAGGUUCAGCUCAGCCGCCGGAGAGGAUCCAGUAGAAGAGCUCUUCAGUGGGUCCUGGUGGACAAACAGAGGAAACCAGCAAGAUGUUCCAGGCACCUGAUCUCCGACAAGUCACCGUGUUGACCAAGGCUGAAUGGAAGAGGGUUCAAAAUGAAGUCAACCAGGGUGAUAGAGGCAAGGAGAGUAUGAGAGAGGCAGAGAACCAGAGAAAAGCCCUGCACCUGCAGUCAAAACAGAUGGUGAAAGAGUGGCCAGACACCAUCGCUAAUCAAAGGCAAAAGAAGCUGGAGGCGAAGAAGAUCCGGGAACAGAUCGAGGAAGAGAAAAGGAAACAGAUGGAUAUAGAGGAGGCCGAAUACAAGGAUCAACAACGUAAAGAGGCCGUGGAGAAAGCCAAGACUCAGCUCUACUAUCAAACCGACCAAGUCAAAGGAUUACAUAGUGCUCUCUUGAUGACAGAGGUGUUGAAGGAGAGGGAGGCUCAGAUUGAGCUGAAGAAAAGGAUAAAGAGUGCCUCUAAAGAUGUGGAAAAAGAAUUCAUCAAUUUUGAGGGGACCAGAAAGGACGAAGCUCUGAGGCAGGAGGAAGAGAAAGCAGUCCAGAGGAAGCUUGAGAAACUGGCUAUUGCAGAGGAGCUGAAAAAUCAGAUGAAGAAACAUGAGUUGGCCAGAGAGCGACAAGAGAAAGAGAACAAGAAGGACGGAGAGGAAAACCUUCGCCUUCAUGAGCUCUAUCUGUUGGAGCAGAGAAUGGAGGAAGAAAGACAAGAAGAGCAGAAGAGAAACCUGAAGCAAGCUCAACUGGAACAUGUCACUAAAAGAGACAUGAUGAGAGCAGCAGAGGCCCAAAAACAGGCGGCUGAGGAGGAGCAGAGGAAACUGUUUCUCUCUGCGAAACAAAAAAUGAUGAAGUUAAGGAAAGAGAAAGAAACUGAAUUGUUCAGAGAGGCCCAGAGGCAGAAAGAGGGGCUCAUGAAGAAACUGACAGACCAACAGCAGGAGCAAACUGUGAACGAGGAUCAGAGGAUCGCCAAGGCCGUCGCCGAACAGGAGGCCAGACGUGAGCAGCAGCUGAGGGAGGAGGAGGAGAAGAGGACUGAAGUGUUGAAGUCCAUCACUGAACACAGGCAACUGAUGAGACAAGAAACGGAGCAGAGGGACAAAGAAGACCAACAGAGAUCCAGAGACACGCAUGUGGCCAAGAAAGAGGCUGACCGCAUAUUUUGUGAGAAACAAAAAGCGAAGGCACAGAGGAUCAGAGAAGAUCUGAGAAAGAUACAAGACUGCAACUCAACACGAAUGGCUGCAAAAGCUGCCAGGCAACAGCACCUGAGACGGGAGGAAGAGGAGUUUGAGGCAAAGACCAGAGACCUCAUGGCUGAGGAAGAAAAGCAGUUUCUAAUCUAUUCACACAAGGUCAUCCAUGCAGCAGCAGAGGCUCAGCGAGACGUCCUCCCACUUUGCAAAGCUGCAGGUGAAGGGAUCGGAGGAGGGCUCGGUCCUGUGUUCGGGGGAGUCAGGCCCAGCUACAUGGUUCAGGACCGCAGCGGUGCUCAGAUGCCUAACUACAUCUCUGGUGCUACCCAGAACAUUAAAGAGCUUCAUGAGACAGUAGAUAUUCAAGAAGCAAAGAAGAGACUGGGGUUUAUGUGGUGAAGACUAAGAUGUUUGCAAGAGGAGUUGUUCCCAUCUCUCUCUCUCUCUCUCUGUCAUUCCCUGUCAUGUCAUUACUCAAGGCAUAAAAAUGUCUUCUUAUUAUUAUUUUUAUCUUCAUUAUGAUCAGAUUCCUUUUCUUAUUACUGUUUCAGUUUUUGCUCCUUGAGCAACCUAUCCUGCCAUUACUUUUGUGCAUGUGACCUUUAUCUCCUUUUUCCUUCAUAUUGAUUUUACUUUUAAUUUGUCACCUGUCUUUGCAUGUAUGCAGGGGGGGUCCUAAUCUACACUCAAACCAAUAAACUACAUUAAAAUGAAAUAAUAUGUGUUUAUGAAGGGUUUGUAAAUGUGUCCUGGAA